AUGGUAAUGAACUUGAAGCUUCAACAUGAUGAUGGAAAUCCCUUAUCUCAGCCUGCUCAAUAUCGGGAACUUGUUGGGGUAUUGGUUUACCUUUCAGCAAUACGUCCUAAUAUCACCUAUACAGUACACAUCUUGAGCCAGUUUGUCAGUAGUCCAACUUCCAUUCACUAUGCAGCUCUCAUUCAGGCUCUUCAAUAUCUCCAUGGCACUAUAAGGCAAUCAUUAUUUUCCCCUUCAGACUCUUCUUUGUCUCUUCAUGCAUAUUCCUAUGCUGGAUGGGCUGAUGAUGUAGACACUCGACGUUCCACUACUGGCUAUUUUAUUUUUAUGGGUUCAUCUCUCAUCUCUUGGCAUAGUAAGCGUCAAGCCAUUAUCUCUUUUUCUAGUAUGGAGUCCAGGUACAGGGUGUUGGCAGACACCACAGUUGAUCUAAAAUAG